AUGCCCUUCCUCCCACCAGGGAAGAAGUUUGCCGGAGACACUCAAUACAGGGAUGAGUUCGGUAAACGAAAACCUAAGAUCUUCCAGCAGGCUGGCCUCAGACCGUCGUCUGCGUUUAGGAGGAACAACCCGCAUCCAAACUCGGAUUUCCUGAUGCCGAAGAACCUCGUUGAACAAGACAAGGAGCAGAUUCUAAGAAACAAGGUGCAGAAUGCCGUGCAUACCUACAUGGAUAAGAUGAUUCGGAGCGGCAGGGAUCCGAUGAAACAGCGAUCGAUCACACCCAAUAAUGGCAGAUACAACAGAGCUCCCAAGGUUGACCUCUUAGAGGGUUUUGUCAAGCCCACUUUAGUCAAGCUAGACAAAGUCAGGAAAGAGGAUCAUAAACAGCUAAAGCGUGAACGUGGGAACAGCUACAAGGAGGCCGCUAAGACGUACCAUGAGGUUCCGGAGCAGGAAGAUGAGCAAGAAAUCAUAGUCAGGAUACCAGCCAAAUUACAAAACUCAUCCAAGUCCAUUCGCUUUAGAGUGGUUCAUAAACCCGAUGCGCCUCCAGACCAAUGGGUUGCCAAUACAGGUAACGUCCCCGGACUUGCCGGUCUAAAGAGAGCCCACACCCCGCCCACUCCAACCGUAGGAGCUGCUCGCAAACACGUCCUGCAUCGCCGGAGUAAGUCCGCACCGCUCCUUGAUAAGGUGAGUGUCCAAGCCAACACUUACCGAUUGGCGGACAGUGAAGACGACUCGAAUGCAGAUGAUUGGGAAGAUGUUGAAGGGUCGAGUGAAACCGAUAUACGGGGGAUGGUUAAGCUUCAGCGUCCCAAGACAGCAGGGCCUGUUCUAACCCAGAAGAUGAUGGUCCAUCCUCGAAUGAAAUCAUGGAUGGAAGGAGCAACAGAUUAUGAAAAAGAGGUAGCAUUCCAUAUGCUCAAGACUCUCAAUGGGGGCGAAAAACCACAAACUCCCGAGGAGUUGCGACCUAGGAGCCGCCCAAGUCCGAAGCAGCAGAAUGGUCAUAAAGCAAACAGAAUACCAUCGGCAACUCAUGUUUACGUACCACCAUCCCCAGCACCAAAGAAGCCCAUUCCCGAACGGGAAGGGAAGAUGGACGCCACUGCCAAGGAGUGGAUGCGGCAGGUGGAGCAGAAGAUUGAACGAUCUGAGGCACCAUUGCCAAGAAACUACACCCAGAAAAUCGAACUGCGCCCCCCGGUGCGUCGGCAGCCGAUCUCCAAGUCACUGGGCGACUACACCCACGAGAAUAGCUUCUUCAGAUGGUCACAGCCCUCCUAUAGACGCAGUUUCGUCAUCGCUCCUGAUUGGGUGUCAGAGACACUAACACGACGCAGAGCCCAAAAGGAGAACGCACCAAGCACUCAGCUUCGCUACGGUUCAUGUUGAUUUGCAUAAAUCUGCAUAUUGUGGGGUUCUGAUCGCUUCAGAGACACUGACACGACGCAGGCCCCGAAAGGAGAACUCAGCUACCAAUCAGCUUCGUAUACAGGUCAUGUUAAUUUGCAUAAAUCUGCAUAUUGUGGGUUUUGUUUUGUAUACGGAAUGGAGCUGUUCCUUUGUUGCAGCGAUGGGACUAGACCUUUGCUGCCGCCAUCUUCAUUUCUCCCAAUCACAUCAACGUCGCCAAACCGAGGCAGGACGGCAAACUAGUCUGAUUUUUUGUUUACAAUGAAUGUUAGCAUACAUUGUGUGUUUGGAUACAGGGAACAUGACCAAGAUGGUGGUACAAUUAUAAGGUCUACUAACUCUGAUUCAGACUGCCAUACGCAAUAACAAUCGGAGAGGUGGACACUACACAAC